AUGUCAUCAUUCGGAACAUUGUUCAGAGUCACUACUUACGGAGAAUCACACUGUAAAUCAGUUGGUUGUAUAGUAGAUGGGUGUCCUCCAGGCUUAAGGUUAACUGAAGAUGACAUUCAACCUCAAUUAACUAGAAGAAGACCGGGACAAAGUAAACUAUCAACACCAAGAAACGAAGCUGAUGCAGUUGAAAUCCAAAGUGGGACUGAGAAUGGAGUGACUUUAGGGAGUCCUAUUGGUAUGAUUGUGCGUAAUAAAGACCAUCGUCCAGGAGAUUACAGUGAAACUGAUUUAUACCCAAGACCAAGUCAUGCAGAUUAUACAUAUAUACAGAAAUACGGUUUGAAAUCGGGUUCAGGCGGAGGAAGAUCCUCAGCAAGAGAAACUAUAGGAAGGGUUGCAGCAGGUGCAAUUGCCGAAAAAAUCUUGAAACAGGUGAAUAAUGUUGAAAUUGUUGCUUUUGUAUCGUCUAUUGGAGAAAUUUCAAUGAAUAGAAGUGCCCAAGACUCGACUUUUCGGAAUGUUUUAGGCAAUAUAACCAGAGAUGAGGUGGAUGCAGUAGGACCAAUAAGGUGCCCUGACGCUGCAGUACGUGAUGAAAUGGUUAAAGUUAUUGAAAAAUACCGUGAUGCUAAAGACUCGAUCGGUGGAGUAGUUACUUGUGUUAUACGUAAUUGCCCCAUUGGGUUAGGUGAACCAUGUUUUGAUAAAUUGGAAGCUAAGCUAGCUCAUGCAAUGUUAAGUCUCCCAGCUACAAAGGGAUUUGAGUUUGGCUCUGGUUUUGCAGGCACUGCUAUUCCCGGUUCUAAACAUAAUGAUCCUUUUUUCUAUGACGAGAAUAGUAAAAGGUUAAGAACAAAGACAAAUAAUUCAGGUGGUAUUCAAGGUGGUAUUUCAAAUGGUGAGAAUAUCUAUUUUUCAGUUGCAUUCAAAUCAGCUGCAACGAUUAGUCAAGAGCAAGAAACAGCAACAUACCAAGGUAAACCAGGUAUUUUGGCAGCUAGAGGAAGACACGAUCCAAGUGUCACCCCAAGAGCAGUUCCAAUUGUUGAAGCUAUGGCUGCCAUUGUUUUGUGUGAUGAAUUCCUUAUACAACAAGCCAGAAAAUCAACAAGAGCAUUAUUAGAAAUGAGUCAAAUAGAUAAUCCAUAUGGGAAACAAUGCUUUUUUGAAACUUUGAAAGCCAAUGAUGAAUUAGCAAUAUCCUUCCAAGUGGGAUCGCGUAACCCCCACAACUCGGAACAAUACGAGGUAGAUUUCUAUAUGGUAUCGCCCCAGGACCAAGUUUUACUUAAAAAAACCAAACUAGACCAUGGUGAUGAAACAAUCAAAGCUAGAUCAGAUGGUAAAUAUCAAUAUUGUUUUUCAAACGAAAGAUCCGGUAAGCCUGAUUUAGAUGUUAGUUUUAACAUACAUGGUGUUGUAUACGUUGAUAUUAAUGAUCCAAAAGCAGAUACUUUAGAUUAUGCAAUUCAACGAUUAAGUCAAUUGACCGAUGAAGUCAAAGCAGAACAGGGGUAUUUGGUCAUUAGAGAAAGAACACAUAGAAACACUGCGGAGUCAACUAAUUCCAGAGUUAAAUGGUGGUCCGUGUUCCAAAUCUUUGUAGUUGCUGCUAAUUCGCUCUUCCAAAUUUAUUACUUGAAGAGAUUCUUUGAGGUUAAAACUGUUGUAUAA